CCACCCCUGGCACAGAUUCUGCUCUUUGGCGGUGGUCGGGAGCCCUUGGAAGUAGUAGCCUCUCAUCAGGAACUGAUUAUGAGUCAUAAAGCCCUAGGGCCUUGGAGGGUCCAUCCCGAGGCGGGGUGACGCCCGCGGGGGCCCCCACCCCGAGGUAGGGUGACGCCCGCAGUCACUUCACAAGGCAGAAAUUGUUACCUGGGUAAUAAAAGGCACCGCGGCGGCGGGAACCCGGGAGUGGGCACAUGGGGGUGCGGGUGUGCAGGUGCCAAGCGCCAUGGGUUAGGCCCGAGAUCGGAGUCCGGCCGCCCCCCCGACAGCAGCCGCCUCCUGCUCCCCGUGCGCCCCAGGCGCCACCAUGUCGGGCGACAAACUCCUGAGCGAACUCGGCUAUAAGCUGGGUCGCACGAUAGGUGAGGGCAGUUACUCCAAGGUGAAGGUGGCCACGUCCAAGAAGUACAAGGGAACGGUGGCCAUCAAGGUGGUGGACCGGCGGCGCGCACCGCCUGACUUCGUCAACAAGUUCCUGCCCCGCGAGCUGUCCAUCCUUCGAGGCGUGCGGCACCCGCAUAUUGUGCACGUCUUCGAGUUCAUCGAGGUGUGCAACGGGAAGCUGUACAUCGUGAUGGAGGCAGCCGCCACGGAUCUGCUCCAGGCCGUGCAGCGCAACGGGCGCAUCCCCGGGGGGCAGGCCCGCGACCUCUUCGCACAAAUCGCUGGCGCCGUGCGCUACCUGCACGACCACCACCUGGUGCACCGCGACCUCAAGUGCGAAAACGUGUUGCUGAGCCCUGACGAGCGCCGCGUCAAGCUCACCGACUUUGGCUUCGGCCGCCAGGCUCACGGCUACCCUGACCUGAGCACCACCUACUGCGGCUCAGCAGCCUACGCAUCGCCGGAGGUUCUCCUGGGCAUCCCCUAUGACCCCAAGAAGUACGACGUGUGGAGCCUAGGCGUCGUGCUCUACGUCAUGGUCACCGGGUGCAUGCCCUUCGAUGACUCAGACAUCGCUGGCCUGCCCCGGCGCCAGAAGCGCGGCGUCCUCUACCCCGACGGCCUCGAGCUGUCGGAGCGCUGCAAGUCACUGAUCACUGAAUUGCUGCAGUUCAGCCCGUCGGCCAGACCCUCGGCGGGCCAGGUAGCGCGCAACGGCUGGCUGCGCACCGGGGACUCCGGCUAAACCCGGAAUUCCCACAUACCCGCCGUCCCUAGCACUGCGCAAGCGCGGCCACACGCGAGAAGCGCGCUUCCAGAGUCCCGCGAAGCCGCCGCGCACCAAUGCGCAUGCGUCCUUUCCCCUUUCCUUCUCUCUCCACGGCGGGGGCCACAGUGGCCCCUGUUUGGAAUCUAGUUCCUCCUCCACGAACCGGAGAGCACAUGCGCGUCCUCGAUUCCCCCGCAAGAAGGCCCCGGGAGGGGGCGAGACCAGAGGAUGCUGAAGCAAUGCGCCUGCGCAGACUGAGCGACUGCUCUGCGGUCGGAGGAGGCUGCCAGGUAGAGCUGCCCACUAGGGGACGCACGCUGAGUGCAUCCGUUCCCAGCCUGCCUCGCAGGCCGCCGCGGGACGGCGCGCCCCGGGGCGCCACCCGCGUUGUGAUUUGCAAUAAACUCGCUCUACCUCGCACCUGGCUCUAGCAAUGCCGCCCUUUUACGGAGCGGGGAGAGGGGGUCGCUCCCCGGAAGGCAGGCGCGGGCGCCCCUUUUUAGAGAAAGGUUAAGGUUCUUGCUCCAGUUCUCAAAAGGGAGUUGUGGGAUUCGAACCCGUACAUUUGGGGAUCCCCCCAGCCUGGGAAGAGUCGAAGGGACUUUGACUUUGAGGUCGUUCCCAGGGUCGUGAUGGUCCUGGGAAUAGAAAUGUUGGGCUAGGGAGCAAAGACCCAGCACCCUUCUCAUGUUUUAAGAAGGGGAUGGCGUGGGUAGGUGGGGAGACCGUCUCGAAAUCAACUGAGCAUUUACAGAUAAGGAAAUUGAUGCCCACAUAGAUGUCACUGCCCAUGAACACAGCUGGGAUUUGAACCCAGAUUUAGCUGAAGUAGGAUAGGGAGGUGGUGGAAGCUCUCCUUAGUGAGGGCCCCUUCCUUAGUGAGGGUAAGAGUCUGGAGGGAAAGUCAAGGGUGGGGCAUAAGUCCACUGGACCAGCUGAUUUGUUCAAUUCAUGCAUUUAUUGAACUCCUUCUGUAUACCAAGCUUUGGGACUCAAGAAGCUUAGAUCCAUCCCUGCCUUCAGUGAAGAGGCAAAAGUCAAGUAAAAAAAUUGCAUGGAAAUCUUUUUAAAAUUGUAAGUUGUGCUAAAUGCUGGGGGCGGGGAGUGGGGUGGAGGAUGCCUGAGGGAUUGAAGGAGAUAUCUGAACUGAACCCUUAAGGAAUCAGACACUGGAAAUAGUGGAAAGUGUUUCAUGAGUUCCCAAAAAGGAUGGAGCUGGUGUGUUUGAGUAAUGCCAGGAAGCCCCUGUGGCUGGAAUGGAAAGGAGGUGGAGAGGUAAAUGUGUAUGUCUGGAGAGGGGACCCCAUAUGGCCUGGGGGAGUUUGAGGGUUAUUUUGUUAUGAAGUUACUGGUAUGGGAAACAUCUCCCUAAACCGUAAUCCUGCCUGCUUCCAUCUGAAGCCCAUGACCAGUUUAAGGGGACUAUGCCCCAACCCUGCUCAUUCACUCUCCAUGGCUCUCAGGUGCCCUGGGGAUUAAGUGCCAGCUCUCCUCUCACCCCCUUGAAAUAGGCUGUGAUCCCAACCCCUCGUUUUGCAGAUGAGGAAACAGGCUAAGAGAGGGGAAGUGCCUUGCCUCCAUCUGGCUUUUUCACAUCUGAAUUGAGACAGAAAAACCAACAUUUUGGUUUACACUAGAAGGGUGCCUUUCCUUCCCUGGACCAUAUCUCAGGCUCUGCACCUGGAAAAUGGGGGCAGAAACACAUCCUUGGGGUUGUUGGAAAGGGCUGCGGUUUACUGGAGGACUGCACCUCGAUCCUUCUCAAAGCUCCCACUUCACUCAGAAUAAAACCCACAUCCUCACCCAUCUUCCUCACUGGCCAGCCACACUGCCUUUCUCAUCCUCCACCUGCCAGGCUUGGUCACACCUCUGAGACUUUUCACUGGCUGUUCCCACUCCCAGCAAUACUUUCCCCCUUUUCAUUCAAGACUUGGCCUACAAGUUCACCUCCUUGUCAUUCCAUUCUUUUCCCUCUUUGCCAGUCAUAGGUUCAAUCCCAUUGCCUGGGGUGUGGCACAUGCCUUUUUCUGUUCCUCACUAAUGAAUGUGCAUGAGCAAUGGGGCCAAGAUACUCUUCCACCCCAUGGCCAUAGAGCCAGCUUAGUUUAGAAGGGACAAAAUCUCAGGGAACCCGGUGGGUGUACCAUUUGUUAGCUGGAGAAACAGACUCACCCCUGGGUCCGCUGAGGAACCUGUGGCUGAUCAGCAGACUCACUUGAGGGCUGAGUGCAGAGCCCCUAAGAAAGCACUUCAUAAGUGCAUUUCCCGCAGCCAGUACUAGAGCGUGGGGCAUCAGUAAGGACGUCACAGGUAGACUGUCUGGGUUUGGGUUUAAUUUCUGUUACCAGUCAUGCCUGCUCAGGUGAAACUGAGCUGGCUGUUGGGAAGGGCAAUUAGCACCCACCACCAGAGGCAGGGAUGCUUCAACAACAAAAACAAGAACCAGAAAGAAAAAGAAAAAAAAAAGGAAGCACCCAGGAAAACACUGGUAACAGACUACCCAAGUGAUCAAGUGAUCACAGGUCUCAGUAUGAAAAACCUGAAACAGUGUCAACCUCUAUAAACAAAUUUUCACAAGCAAUUGUUCAUUUCAGGGCCUGGCUGGGGGGCUCCAUCUGUACUUAAAACCUGAAUCUGUAACGCUGUGUCCUGCAGCAAAGACUAAGGGGAGCCACGCCUGAAAUCACUCUGGAAAAACCACGCAGGGUGGAAACUGGAAGGGGCUAAGAGCCAGCCCAAAGGGAAAACCCAUUGGCGUCUCAGCCACUCCCCAGGCCACAGAGCUCCUGGUUUUGGUGGGGAUGGAGGCUCAGAGGUGAGAGCACAGUGCCCAGCUGGGGAGGACUCCCCCCACAUGGUUAGUGAAGCCCGAAGGAAACCCAAGAAGCAGAUUUCUUACCCUUUGCUUCCACCUUAACAAAGGGUCGGUCACUCUGCUGCCCUUUCCCAGUUCCUAACCUGCCCCGUACAUGGACUAAACAAAGCAGGAAAACCAGAGCCGAGGGACAAAAGAAAAAUAUAGCCAACACAUCAUUUCUUUAUUGUGCUUCAGAUCUAAAACUUCCUUGUGACAUCAUGUAUAGCCAUUUAUUCCAGCCUCUGUUUAUGGAACUUUUAUUCUCGUUUGGUGGUCAACUUUUUGGUUUUACAUUAUCAUCAAAGAUUUAGUCAAAGUAAAUAGAAGUGACCCACCUCCCCAAAUCUACCU